GGUUGGGGCUCGGGCUUCCGGGGGAUUCAGUAACGGCGGCCUUCAGGUCAAGAGGCUGGCGUUCUGGCCCCCUCGGCUUGGAGUGCGGUGCCUUUCUCUCCUGGCACCUUGGCUGAGUGGAGUCCUGCGGCCGGGCGUAGUCGGCGGCCCAGCGGACCGGAGUGAGCAGUCGAUAAUCACCUUACUAUGAGUCUGCUACACUGUGAAAACAGCUGUGGAUCCAGCCAGUCUGAGAGCGACUGCUGUGCUGCCAUGGCCGCCAGCUCCUGUGGUGCUGCAGCAAAAGAUGACAGUGUGAGUGGAACUGCCAGCACAGUGAAUCUUUCCAGCUCUUUUAUGGAAGAGAUCCAGGGAUAUGACGUGGAAUUUGACCCACCCCUGGAAAGCAAGUAUGAAUGCCCCAUCUGCUUGAUGGCAUUACGGGAAGCAGUGCAAACACCAUGCGGCCACAGGUUCUGCAAAGCCUGCAUCAUCAAAUCAAUAAGGGAUGCAGGUCACAAAUGUCCAGUUGACAAUGAAAUACUGCUGGAAAAUCAACUAUUUCCUGACAAUUUUGCAAAACGAGAGAUUCUUUCUCUGAUGGUGAAGUGUCCAAAUGAAGGUUGUCUGCACAAGAUGGAGCUGAGGCAUCUUGAGGAUCAUCGAGCACAUUGUGAGUUUGCUCUUAUGAAUUGUCCCCAAUGCCAUCGUCCCUUCCAAAAAUGCCAACUUAAUAUUCACAUUGUCAAGGAGUGUCCAAGGAGACAGGUUUCUUGUGUAAACUGUGCUGUAUCGAUGGCAUUUGAAGAUAAAGAGAUUCAUGACCAGAACUGUCCUUUGGCAAAUGUCAUCUGUGAAUACUGCAACACCAUGCUCAUCAGAGAACAGAUUCAUGACCAGAACUGUCCUUUGGCAAAUGUCAUCUGUGAAUACUGCAACACCAUGCUCAUCAGAGAACAG